AUGGGAUUUCGGGGAAUUGGACAAGCCGAACAGCUCCUACAAUCUCAUCAUCGACCAGCUCUGCUUCUUUUACAAAAAAAAAUGUUCGCCUACAUCGUCGGAUUCGCACUUGUCGUCAUCACCUCUGCCGCUUCGGCCCAAUUUGGAUGCGCAGCCGGAUCGUCGACUGGACCUUGUGAUAUGGGACCGUGUAUUGGUGAACAAAUUUGCGUCACCCUGUCCGAUGGUUCGCUCGGAUGCUGCCCGGGUGACAAUCUGACCUUCAGCUGCCCCACCGUUGCCACAUCAGCCACAAAGUCGUCUUGCGUCGAUCUCGUCAACCCGUCCACCGGCGUCUCCGACUGCCCGAAGCGUGCCGCCCUCUGCACUGAUGCCACCUACUUGAGCGUCAUGCAAGUGCAGUGCAGGAAGACGUGCGGCUUCUGCGGUAGCUCCGGCAGUGUUACGGUCUCUAGCUGCAUCGAUCAGGUCAACUCGGCCACCGGCACCUCCGACUGCCCGGCCCGUGUCUCGCUCUGCACCAACUCUGCCUACUCCUCGCUGAUGCGCACGCAGUGCCCCAAGACUUGCGGCUUCUGC